GGUGAGAGAGCUCCAUUCUCAGCAGAGCGGCUUUCUCAUCACUGACUGAGUCCCGGAGCGGUAUCAGCUUCUCCGUUUAUUCUCUUUAAACUAGCACACUAAUCACUUACAUUUAUACCGAAACCAUGGUGGCGAAACAGAGGAUACGCAUGGCUAACGAGAAGCACAGCAAGAACAUCACACAGCGGGGAAAUGUGGUCAAAUCAGCGAGAGGCUCACAAGAUGAAAAAUCAGCAGUAGGACCCUGGCUCCUGGCAUUAUUCGUCUUUGUAGUCUGUGGCUCAGCAAUUUUCCAAAUUAUUCAGAGUAUCAGAAUGGGGAUGUAAAGACACCACCAAGCCGUUGACAUUUUAGGACCACCAGUUCUCAUUUCAUCAUGCCAUGAUAACAUUAUUCUGAUCUCCAGUGCCUUCCAUACAGUGAAGGAAUAAACAAUACAAGCCAUAUCAUACCAAACAUUCCUGUACUGAUGCUGUUGACCAAGUGUUCUGCUGGAUCAUUGGCAUUAAUGCUAACCUUUCUGCCAGUACCCAUACUGAAGUGAUUCCUCUUGUAGCUGUUUUUAUUCCUAAAGGACUACCAGAGUGACUUUUUUAUACACAAUGAAAUGAAAUUAAUUGUUUUAAUUCAGAUGGUUGCAAAAAAAUAUCAAGUUUUGUAAAGAGCUUCUUCAAUUAAAUAUGAUGGCAUUUAUAAACUGAUGCAAUAUGGUGAAUUGAUGUAGAUUCAGAAGUUUGCACCUUUUUUAAUGCAUUUCUUUUGUCUAGUACUAUUCAUGGGUAUUUCUUUAAUUCUGUGGUUGACUAAACUAAAUGAAGGUCUGUAAAGUCAGGUUUGUUUAUUGGACAACAGCAACAUGUAAAAUAAUGUAUUUUUGCUUUCUACAAAUUAUCUUUAACAAAUAAAACAGUUUUUAAAAAUA